AUGGGGACAGGGCCACGCAGCCAGUCCCUGCGAGGACCCCGGCCAGCCUACAGCAAGCUCCAGGAGCCCUGGAGGAGGCCCCAGGAGGGCCGGCUCCGCCGAGCACUGAGCCUCAGACAGGGGCGCGAGAAGUCCAAGCCCCAGGGCCUUGACAAAGGAACAGAAGGACUAGACUACCCAAGUCAGGAGCGACUGCCAGGAGGCCUAGGUGACACAGAGGAGCUAAUCCAAGCCCAGCGAGGAGGCAGCCAACGGUGGCUGAAGCAGUACCACCAGGUAAGGAGAAGAUGGGAGAGUUUUGUUUCCAGCUUCCCCAGUGUGACCCUGAGCCGGACAGCCUCCCCAGAACCACCAGUGGACAUCACCAGCUAA